AUUAGAAUAUUUUUUCUGGCUAAGCUUUUAAUACCUUUUUUAUCGUCUCACCCGCUGCCUUGCGACCAGUGGGACACUUCCAUGCAGGAAUGCGAGGCAGCCUGGACGCUACCAACUGUGACGGAGGACGGGGGGGUGGACUGGAAGAUCACGCCACAAAUAUUAUCCAUAAAAACAAAACUAUGUAGCAACAAAUAUCAUAUAAUACGUUUUAAAAUUGUUGAUAUAUUAAUAAGUGACAUCAUGGCUUUGUAUUUGUAUUUUAAACAGAUUAAUAUUAUAUCGCUCUGCCGUCCGUCCCCCCCUCCAAACACCGCCUCUCGCCAUACUCAAGUAUCCCGACCGAGAUGCUCCAGUUUGGGGCAGAAUAGUGGCGCGGAUCCACUCGCUAACGUCACCGCCGUCGAACUUUUCUUUCCGGGGACAUUUUUCUUUUCUUUUUUUGACCUAACAUUUAUUAUAAAAAAACGCUAUUUUGGAUUAUCUUCAUGAAGGACGUUUUACAAAAAGUGGCAAAGUGCAGCGGGGAUCCUCAUGCUCCUCCUCGUGACUGCUGCCCGGCCUGCUGAGCCUGUCAGAGCCGCCCCUUCCGUACCGCCGGGUCGCAGCUGAAGCACGGCUAUUGCCGACGCCUCGGCGGCCGUCGGAGGGCCUUGAGCCCAACCCCCCUCCUUCAGCAGGCGGAGGGGCCUGUACUGUCGCCAGUUUACAAGAAGAUGAACAAACUGAACUUCCACAACAACAAAACCAUGCAAGACCGCCGAUGCGUUUGUGUCUUUCUGCCCAACGACGACACGCUCAAUGUUAUAGUCAAUGUGAAGACUCUGUGCCAGGAACUGUUGGUCCAGGUCUGUGAUCUCCUGAGGCUGAAGGACUGUCACCUGUUUGGACUCAGUGUUAUUCAAAAUAAUGAGCACAUCUACAUGGAACUGGAUCAGAAACUGUCCAAGUACUGUCCCAAAGAAUGGAAGAAAGAAGCCAGCAAGGGAAUCGACCAGUUCGGGCCUCCAAUGAUCAUCCACUUCAGAGCUCAGUAUUACGUGGAGAACGGCAGGUUGAUCAGCGACCGGGCGGCCCGGUACUACUACUACUGGCACUUGAGGAAACAGGUGCUGCUCUCUCAGUGCAUCCAGCGGGAGGAGGCCUACUUCCUCCUAGCAGCCUUUGCGCUGCAGGCCGACCUGGGCAACUUCAAACGGAAUAAGCACUUUGGCAAAUACUUUGAACCUGAAACCUACUUCCCGCCCUGGGUGAUAGCCAAGCGCGGCCGUGACUACAUCCUGAGACACAUCCCGAACAUGCACAAAGACCAGUUUGCCCUCACGGCCUCAGAGGCGCACCUCAAGUACAUCAAGGAGUGUGCGCAGCUUGAUGAUGUCACCGUCCACUACUACAGACUCUACAAGGACAAGAAGGAAGUGGAAGCGUCUCUUACUUUGGGACUGACUUUACGUGGGAUUCAAAUAUUCCAGAACAUCGGCUCAGUGAGGCAGCUUUUGUACGACUUUCCGUGGACCAACGUGGGAAAACUAGUUUUUGUGGGAAAGAAGUUUGAAAUCCUUCCCGACGGACUUCCCUCGGCCCGGAAGCUCAUCUACUACACGGGCUGCCCGCUGCGCUCUCGCCACCUGCUGCAGCUGCUCAGCAACAGCCACCGCCUCUACAUGAACCUGCAGCCCGUCCUCAAGCAGGUCCGCCGGCUGGAGGAGCACGAAGAGAAGAAACAGUACCGGGAGUCGUACAUCAGUGACGCUCUGGACCUGGACAUGGACCACCUGGACAAGCGCUCCCGAGCCAGCGGCAGCAGCUCCGGCAGCGUGUCCCAUCACAAGCGUCUGUCCCGCCACUCCACCGCCAGCCACGGCAGCUCGCACACCUCCGGCAUCGAGACGGACAGCUUCCGCGUGUCCAGCCAGGCCCCCCGCAGGCCCCCCAGGACUUGCAGCUCGUCCACCACCAGCCACGGGAGCUCGCACACCUCGGGCAUCGAGAGCGGCGGCAAGGAGCGCAUCCUGGAUGAUGACGCAGAGAUUGAGAUGCUGGUGGACGACCCCAAAGAUUACGAGGAGCUCGGGGAGAUGCCUUUGGACCAGGAGCUGUGCAUACACAUCACAGAGGACAUGCUGACCAUGUCCCCGCAGCAGAACAAUGGAUACUCUGGUCUCGUCGUCAAAGACGUCAGCUCAUCCACUUCCAGCUCCUCCGAGACCGUCGUCAAGAUGAGAGGACAAAGCAUCGAGUCCCUGCCACACACGUCGACGUGCAGGAAGCCUCCGUCGUCCACCGACCGCCACAGCCAGUCGCUGGACGACAUCCGCCUCUACCAGAAGGACUGCCUGCAGUGGGCGGAGCUCUGCCAGGACACCGCCCACAGCUACACCUUCGGCUGCGCCGAGGAGCUGAGCGACGGCUGCGGCGCCCACCAGGGCCUGGGCGAGCAGUGCGUGGGCAUGCGCGGCGACCAGCACGCCUUCCCCAUCAAGAGGACCAGCAAGUACUUCUCCUUGGACCUCACCAGCGAAGAGGUGCCCGAGUUUGUGGUGUGACCGCCUCUUCGCCGCAUGAAGCCAAAAGAGCGGUAGUCGCCACGCUGCCGACCAAAGAGCUGAAGAGGAAGGUAUGUUGGACACUCGCAGGAAGUGCAGCGUGCCAAGCAGCCCACGUGCCUUCGUCGCCUUGAUCACCAUUUUGUCGUUUUCCAACAGACGCCAAGCUUCCUCGCUAUUUUAAACCCCAAAAGUCAGCCGUUUUUUAAGUCUACCAUCUGUGUUUGUUGGCACAUUCUAAACAGGUGACAACUUCCUCAUCAAUUGGUCUAAAGCAGGGGUGUCCAAACUUUUGCCACUCAGGGCCGCACACUGAAAAAAAACCUUUGAUAUUUUUCAUUUUCAAAACCAAUACCAUACACUACCGUUCAAAAGUUUGGGGUCACCCAAACAAUUUUGUGGAAUAGCCUUCAUUUCUAAGAACAAGAAUAGACUGUCGAGUUUCAGAUGAAAGUUCUCUUUUUCUGGCCAUUUUGAGCGUUUGAUUGACCCCACAAAUGUGAUGCUCCAGAAACUCAAUCUGCUCAAAGGAAGGUCCGUUUUGUAGCUUCUGUAACGAGCUAAACUGUUUUCAGAUGUGUGAACAUGAUUGCACAAGGGUUUUCUAAUCAUCAAUUAGCCUUCUGAGCCAAUGAGAAAACACAUUGUACCAUUAGAACACUGGAGGGAUAGUUGCUGGAAAUGGGCCUCUAUACACCUAUGUAGAUAUUGCACCAAAAAGCAGACAUUUGCAGCUAGAAUAGUCAUUUACCACAUUAGCAAUGUAUAGAGUGUAUUUCUUUAACGUUAAGACUACCGUAAUUUCCGGACUAUAAGCCGCUACUUUUUCCCCUCGUUCUGGUCCCUGCGGCUUAUACAACGGUGCGGCUUAUUUACAGCCUGUUCUUCUCCGACACCGGCGAAGAGGAUUUCGGUGGUUUUAGUACGCAGGAGGAAGACGAUGACACAAUGAUUAAAGACUGACUUUUCAUAUACCGGUAGGCUGGUUAUUUUGAUAACGUACAGGCGAGCACUUUGUAUUACUUUGCACCGUUGUAUUAUUUGUACUCUGCACGAAUGCUGUUCGCCAUGUCAAAGAUGUGAAAGUUUGAUUGAAUGAUUGAAAGAUUUAUUGUUAAUAAAUGGGAUGUUUUGCGUUCCCAAAGAGUCAUCUCUGUCCCGACAAUCCCCUCCGUGGUAGCAGGAACCCCUAUAUACUACGGUAAUUACACAUCAAAACCCUGCGGCUUAUAGUCGGGUGCGGCUUAUAUAUGGAGCAAUCUGUAUUUUCCCCUAAAUUUAGCUGGUGCGGCUUAUAGUCAGGUGCGGCUUAUAGUCCGGAAAUUACGGUAGUUUAAAGUUAUCUUCAUUGAAAAGUACAGUGCUUUUCCUUCAAAAAUAAGGACAUUUCAAUGUGACCCCAAACUUUUGAACGGUAGUGUAUAUAGAUUUGUUUGUACUUCCAGGGCUCCCCUCGGUCAUAUAAAUCUUAAUAAGCCAUAUAAAAUAAGAAAUCAACGCUUAAAGGCCUACUGAAAUGAAAUUGUUUUAUUUAAACGGGGAUAGCAGAUCCAUUCUGUGUGUCAUACUUGAUCAUUUCGCGAUAUUGCCUUAUUUUUGCUGAAAGGAUUUAGUAGAGAACAACGACGAUAAAGUUCGCAACUUUUGGUCUCUGAUAAAAAAAAAGCCUUGCCCCUACCGGAAGUAGCGUGACCUCCUCAUAUUUUCCUAUUGUUUUCAACGCAGCUAGAGCGAUUUGGACCGAGAAAGCAACGAUUACCCCAUUAAUUUGAGCGAGGAUGAAAGAUUUGUGGAUGAGGAACGUGAGAGUGAAGGACUAGAAUGCAGUGCAAGACAUAUCUUUUUUGGCUCUGACCGUAACUUAGGUACAAGCUGGCUCAUUGGAUUCCACACUCUCUCCUUUUUCUAUUGUGGAUCACGGAUUUGUAUUUUAAACCACCUCGGAUACUAUAUCCUCUUGAAAAUGAGAGUCGAGAACGCGAAAUGGACAUUCACAGUGACUUUUAUCUCCACGACAAUACAUCGGCGAAGCUCUUUAGCUACUGAGCUAACGUGAUAGCAUCUGGCUCAAAUGCAGAUAGAAACAAAAUAAAUAAAUCCCUGACUGGAAGGAUAGACAGAAGAUCAACAAUACUAUUAAACCAUGGGCAUGUAAAUAUACGGUUAAUAAUUCUCAGCCUGGCAAAGCUUAGCAAUGCUGUUGCUAACGACGCUGAAGCUAACUUAGCAACCGGACCUCACAGAGCUAUGAUAAAACAUUAGCGCUCCACCUACGCCAGCCAGCCCUCAUCUGCUCAUCAACACCCGUGCUCACCUGCGUUCCAGGUACAUUAUGCAUGCCGGUAAUAACCUGUGAUUAAUCAUGAUUAAUCGAAAUGCAUAUGCAUUUUAUUAUUACAUUUUUUAAUGUAUAACUUUCUUUAAAAUCAUAAAUAAAGGUGACCAGCAGGUAUUUAACUAUUUGUUUUUAAUCUCACAAAAAUAGUUUUGCAAUACAGUAUAUAAUAAUAUAAUUGGCAUGAUCAGAUAAUAUUAACGUUUAAAAUAUGCUUUUUUUUUUCAUUUCGUAAAAAAAAAGUAUUUUAUUGAAACCCAUUUUUUCCAGGCUUUCGUGGGCCCCCAAAAUAUUAAAAGUGUAAUAUUUAAUUUGACGUAAUUGGAGCCUUGAAUAAGUUAAUAAUACAUAACAACAUUGAUUUUAAUUCUUUUUUUUUAAUUUUUUAAAUGCCAGUUUUAAAAAAAGAUCCCACUAAAAUUCUCAGGGAACUCAUAAAAGUGUUAAAAAUCAAUCAAUCAAUCAAUGUUUAUUUAUAUAGCCCUAAAUCACAAGUGUCUCAAAGGGCUGUAAUAAGUCCUACAUUUUUUUUAAAUCUCUACAUAAGCUUCAGAUCUUUCCGUCAAAUAAAAGUUUUUAUAUUUUGUAUGGCUUUUUAAAAUUUGUUUGUUUAAUGCCCUAUCUUGUUUUCUUAAUGGCAACCACAAAAUAUGCAAUACUUUCCCCAAAUGAUAUUACAAUGUGAAGUAAUUGGAACCUUCAAUAAGUGGAUAUUUUAUAACAACAUUGAUUUUGAUUCAUUAUUAUAAUUUUGAGCAAUGACAGUUUUAAAGGCAUGGCAGAUUUGUGUUAUUAGAGUCAACAUUACAGCUUUUUUUCAGUACAUGUUCUUUUAUUCCACUUUUUGAAGUUAUUUUUUUCUGUAACAGUGUUUUUAGAACGUGGCGCAGGCCGUUAAAUAUCAGCUGUUGGCCGCAAAUGACCCCCGGGCCGCACUUUGGACACCUCUGAUCCAAAAGCUUCCCUUGCCUUGGACUAUUUUCAGUAUUGCCAGCAAAGGCGUGUCGCGUGUGACAGUAUUAGCAACUUUUCUUUGUCAGAUUCAAACACUCGGGGCCUCACUCGUCGAGCAUUUACAGCUUUAACAUGUUUUUUUGGUGGUUUCAAUUUAUUCUCAUGGGAAACAGCAGAACCACAUUUUUAAGCAACUUAAAAAAAUAAAAUAAAAAGUAUUCCAAGCUUUUAAGCUGCAAAAGAAAAAAGACAAAAACACCAAAGGAAAAAAACGUUUACUGUGUGGAGUUUAAACAAAUCAAUUUAUUUUAUUUCAUUGCAUCAUUUUUUUAAUUCUUCAGCUCAGUUUUAAUCAUGCAUGAACUCAUAUUUUUUACAUUGUAAACUCGCAGCCUGCGAACAUUUUUUUUAUUUUAAAUAAAAGCAAAUCAACGUCUAUAUUUCUAACAACUUCUUUUUAUCCCCGCUGUUUUUUUUUCUCCUGAAACAAUUAUUUCUAGAUAUUUUAACAAAGAUGUUUGUUCUACGUGUGUUAAUGAAUUAAGGUACAUAGCCAUAACGCCGUGUUACUACAGCAUAUAUCAACUUUGUAAGAGUCUCUUAUGUCUCUGUUCAAUGUCAUCCUUUCUGUGAAAGGAUUCUUCCUGCAGGUAAAAAAAAUAUAAUGUUUUUGUUUUUCAUCAUGUAGCUAAAAAACUAGAUGUGUCAUCAUUAUUAUGAAGUUGGUUUGUGUGCCUUUUUGGUACUAACGCCCUCAAUAUUCAAAUAAAAAUGGUACAUUUCAUUUGCCAAAUGUUUGCUGUUGUGUGUUGACUUUAACUACAUUUUUACGUCGCAUUAUUAUUUUUGUUGUUAUAUGUCAGUGUUGAAAUUCGUAUUUAAUUAAAUAUAUAAUAAUCAACCCAUGUUUUAAUUCCAAUUCUUUUUUUUUUAAAGAUUGAUUAAUUCAACACAAUUAAUUUCAUAAUUUUUUUUUAUUUUUAUCAUUUAACACAUUUUAAAAUUACAAUUUAUUUGUAAUUACACUAAAAACAUUAAUUAAAAAAAUACAUUAUUUACUUUUAUACAUUACA